AUGGCGAGCGGGGCAUGCGCAGUGGGGCGGAGGAGGUGGCGAUGGCCCGCGGAGGCGGGGGGACUGCUGUUUAUCUGCAGCCGGGCCAACUCGGCGGCGCAGGCGGCGGCGGAGCGCGGGACGCCAGCGGCCGGUCCAGCUGCCGCCGGCCAUGCCCGAGCCCAUCUCCCGGCAGCUGCCGCGCACCGUCCGGGCCCCGGCCGGGGAGGAUGCCAGACACCCGGGAGAGACCAGGACAGCGGCGGCGGCGCGAUGGUGGUGACCAGCUCUGCCCGAGGCGGCGGCGGGGACCGCGCGCCCUCCCGGCGGCGGGACUGCGGACUCGCGCCGGCCGGAGCCGCGGCGCUGCUGGCCGGGGCGAGCUGCCUGUGCUACGGCCGCUCCCUGAGGGGCGAGUUCGUGCACGACGACGUGUGGGCGAUCGUCAACAACCCCGACGUGCGGCCCGGAGCCCCACUGCGCUGGGGCAUCUUCUCCAACGAUUUCUGGGGCAAGGGCAUGGCCGAGAACACGAGCCACAAGUCUUACCGGCCGCUCUGCGUCCUCACCUUCAAGCUAAACAUCUUUUUGACUGGCAUGGACCCAUUCUACUUCCACGCAGUAAAUGUCAUUUUACACUGCCUAGUGACCCUUGUGCUGAUGUACACCUGUGACAAAACUGUCUUCAGGAAUCGUGGACUUGCUUUUGUUACGGCAUUACUUUUUGCCGUGCAUCCUGUUCACACAGAGGCGGUGGCUGGAAUUGUUGGCAGAGCUGAUGUGUUGGCAUGCCUGCUGUUUCUUUUGGCCUUUCUCUCUUAUAAUAGGAGUGUGGACCAGUGUUGUGUUGGGGAAAGUUUCCCUCCCACGGCUUCUCCCUUCUUCCUGCUGCUUAGUCUGUUUCUGGGGACCUGCGCAAUGCUGGUGAAAGAGACGGGCAUCACGGUGUUCGGCGUGUGCUUGGUUUAUGAUCUCUUUUCUUUAUCCCACAAUCAUGAUAAACCGAGCAACGGGGUCAUCCAUCAGUGCAGCCCACAGCAGCCUGGAAGCUCCCUGACAACACACCCUCUCCGGGAGAAUGGGAAGCAGCAGCGGUUCCCUCACAAAGGAGCUUGGGGUGGCUGCCAUGCCAUGCCAUCUGAACCCAAGAGCAGUGGAUUCCUCGUGUCUCCUGGAGCUGUGUGGUCCUUGAUGAGGUAUCUGACAGCAAGCAGCAAUAGAAAUUUCCUGCUUACCAUGAGGCCCUUCUUAAAAAGGGCCACUUUGGUCAUAAGUUAUGUGAUCAUUGUUCUGUACUUUCGUCUGUGGAUAAUGGGAGGAUCUAUGCCCCUCUUUUCAGAGCAGGAUAAUCCAGCUUCAUUUUCGCCUUACAUUAUUACAAGAUUCCUUACUUAUUCCUACCUCUUGGCCUUCAACGUGUGGCUUCUGCUUGCACCUGUUACCCUGUGCUAUGACUGGCAGGUGGGCAGUAUUCCUCUGGUAGAGACCAUAUGGGACAUACGGAACGGAGCUACCAUCCUUCUGGCAGUUGUGAUGGCCUUACUGAGUCUUCAUUGUUUAGCAGCCUUCAAGAGACUGGAGCACAGGGAAGUUUUGGUGGGCUUGUUGUUCCUGGUUUUCCCGUUCAUCCCAGCCAGCAACCUCUUCUUCAGGGUGGGUUUCGUGGUGGCCGAGAGAGUCCUAUACAUGCCUAGCAUGGGCUACUGCAUUCUUUUCGUGCACGGACUGAGCAAGCUGUGUGCGUGGCUGAAUCGUUGUGGAGCCACCACCCUGAGCGUGUCCACGGUGCUGCUACUGCUGCUUUUCUCCUGGAAAACCGUGAAACAGAAUGAAAUUUGGCUAUCGAGAGAGUCCCUAUUCAGGUCUGGAGUUCAAACUCUGCCCCACAAUGCCAAGGUUCACUACAACUAUGCCAAUUUCCUGAAGGACCAGGGUCGGAACAGGGAAGCCAUCUACCACUACAGAACGGCCCUCAAGUUGUAUCCACGCCACGCAAGUGCCCUGAACAACCUUGGAACCCUGACUAGAGACACAGCAGAGGCAAAGAUGUACUAUCAGAAGGCUCUCCAGCUAAACCCACAGCAUAACCGGGCUCUUUUCAAUCUCGGGAAUCUCCUUAAGUCUCAGGAGAAAAAGGAAGAGGCUAUCACCUUACUGAAGGAUUCCAUUAAAUAUGGUCCAGAGUUUGCAGAUGCAUAUUCAAGCUUAGCUUCAUUAUUGGCUGAGCAGGAGAGAUUUAAAGAAGCUGAGGAAAUAUACCUGGCUGGAAUAAAGAAAUGCCCAGACAGCUCAGACUUACACAACAACUAUGGAGUUUUCCUAGUUGAUACUGGCUUUCCAGAGAAGGCAGUGGCCCAUUACCAACAGGCCAUCAAACUUAGCCCAAGCCAUCAUGUGGCCAUGGUGAACCUGGGGAGGCUCUACAGGUCACUGGGAGACAACAGUGUGGCUGAAGAAUGGUACAAACGUGCCCUGCAGGUAGCACGCAAAACUGAGAUACUGUCACCUCUGGGAGCGCUGUAUUACAACACUGGCAGAUAUGAAGAGGCUUUGCAGACUUACCGGGAAGCCGUGGCCCUUCAGCCUUCCCAAAGGGAACUCCGCCUGGCACUGGCUCAGGUUUUGGCUGUGAUGGGACAGACAAAAGAAGCUGAAAAGAUGACCAGUCACAUUGUGUCAGAGGAGACCGGGUGCCUUGAAUGCUAUCGCUUGUUGUCCGCCAUCCACAGCAAGCAGGAGCAGCACGACAAGGCACUUGAUGCUAUAGACAAGGCUCUCAAGCUGAAACCAAAGGAUCCAAAAGUUAUAUCUGAACUUUUUUUCACAAAAGGAAACCAACUGAGAGAGCAGAACCUCCUGGACAAAGCUUUUGAGAGCUAUAAAGCGGCUGUGGAGUUAAAUCCAGAUCAAGCACAGGCUUGGAUGAAUAUGGGUGGAAUUCAGCACAUCAAGGGAAACUACGUGUCUGCAAGAACUUAUUAUGAAAGAGCCUUACAGCUGGUUCCAGACAGCAAACUACUGCAGGAAAAUCUCGCCAAAUUGGAUCGCCUUGAGAAAAGAUUACAGGAAGUUCGAGAAAAGAACCAAACGUAGCAGCGUUUGACCCAGUCUCAAGGGACAGUGCUGGUGUCUUUGGAAGAGGAAGUGAUGGAAGCUUUGUUUUCACAUCAGUUGGGGCACAAUCAAUGGCAUUUUCCUCUCACCCCGAGUUCAGGGUGACACAUUUUGGGACACCUGCUGGUAACGCUGUGCUGGAGACUUGCAUUUCCAUGAAAGAAGACAAAAAGAGCAAACAGGGGCUAGGAGACCUGAGAUGGAAGGAAAACCGCAGCCGCACAUUUUACAGAAUUUUUUCUUGCUUUAAUUCUAGAUUUCCUUUCAUAUAUGUGUCUGCUUUUUCAACCUGGAGAUCUAAUUCCAUCUCUUAGUGUAGACAUUUCUUGGUGUAGCCUCGCAGAAAUAGAGGUUUGAAAUGCUACGAAGGCAUGGCAUCUCUUCUUUAUGAGAAGAGAUAUUUCAGAGAGAAUAAAUCCUCUGGGAUAAACCAUUUGGGAAAUUCUUCCAAGAGGUAGCUCAUUUAAUUCUCUGGAACUAGAAAUGAGUAUCUCACAGUUUUUGUAAAAAUCUUCUGGAAUAUAUGGGGAAAGAGGCUGUUGUUAAGUCAGCUUUAUCUUAUAUCCUUUUGAGGAUAUUGCUAGAGCCUUAUUGAGAAGUAAAUUAAAUUCCACUCUGAUAAAAGCUGUUUUCCCAUUGCCUAAUGUAUCAAUAAGGAAGUUUCUGGAAUUGUGUAUGGGUAUUCAUAUUCCUAUGGGAAAAUCAAGGAUGUC